AUGGUCAAGUCUACUAUCACCCUCGCCUCCGGCAAAGAAAUGCCCCUCGUGGGCUUCGGUCUUUGGAAAGUACCCAAAGAGACAGCCGCAGACACAGUAUACAACGCCAUCAAAGCCGGGUACAGACUGUUCGACGGCGCAUAUGAUUACCAAAACGAAAAAGAAGCCGGCGAAGGCAUCCAGCGCGCCAUCGCCGACGGCCUCGUAACUCGCGCCGAAGUCUUCAUCACAACAAAGCUAUGGAACAAUUACCACCGCCGCGAGCAUGCCAUCGACAUGGCAAAGAAACAAAAUGACGCCUGGGGCCUCGGAUACAUCGACCUCUUCCUAAUGCACUUCCCCUGUGCCCUAAAAUACAUUGACCCAGCAGUCCGCCAAUACCCCGCAUGGUGGAUGGACGACGCAGGCACCGUCUCCCCAGACAACGUCCCAAUCCGCGAAACCUGGGAAGCAAUGGAAUCCCUCGUCGACAGCGGCGUGGCGCACAGUAUCGGCGUGAGCAAUUUCCAAGCUCAGAGUCUCUACGAUAUCAAGACAUACGCCCGACACCCAUUGUCAGCUCUGCAGAUCGAGCAUCACCCUUACCUUGCGCAGACAGAGCUUAUCCAGAUGGCGCAGGAGAAUGGUAUUGUUAUCACUGCGUACUCGAGCUUUGGUCCUCAGUCUUUUGUUGAGUUGCCUCCUGCUUUCUCGAAGAGGGCGCAGGGUAUUCCGCUUUUGUUUGAUGCGGAGCCUGUUAAGGCUUGUGCGGGUAAGUACGAUGUUUCUCCUGCGCGGGUUUUGUUGCGUUGGGCUACGCAGAGAAAUAUUGCUGUUAUUCCUAAGUCGAAUAACCAGACUCGUCUUGCGGAGAACUUGGAUGUGUUGGGAUUCGAUUUGACUGCUGAGGAGAUUGAGGCUAUCACGGCUUUGGAUCGGGGUUUGCGAUUCAAUGAUCCCGGUUUCUACUUGCCUAACUACCCUCUCCGUAUCUUUGCUUAG